AGAACACCGACCUUACCUUACAUUCAGAUUCGCAUUUUCUGGAGUGACACGGCACGGCACAGCACAGCGCAAGUGUUGCGCUCGCACAGAGUUUUAACAAUUUUAGCGUAAUUCAGGAUGAGUUCCAACGACAAACUUCACGGACGCACUAGGAAAAGGAUAAGGGAGGUGAAAAAGAAGGCUCGUCCAGAACUGAGCGAUAAAGGUGCCUGGUACCGUUUGGGCUAUUAUAAUAAAUUUGAACCUUUCACAAAAGUUGUUGACACCUGUGAGAGAAUAAAUGUCAAUGAUGUCACCCCAGAGCAAUUCAUUGAUAAAUUUGAGAAGCCUUACAAACCCGUUGUUAUUACUGGAUGUCAAGACGGUUGGAGAGCAAUUGAGAAAUGGACGUUGGAGAGACUUGGUAAAAAGUACAGGAACCAAAAGUUCAAAUGUGGAGAGGAUAAUCAAGGAUACAGUGUGAAGAUGAAAAUGAAAUAUUUUAUUGAAUAUAUGGGUGCUAACCAGGAUGAUAGCCCACUUUACAUAUUUGAUAGCAGUUUUGGAGAGCACCCAAGAAGAAGAAAGCUCUUAGAUGACUUUGAUAUUCCCCUCUACUUUCGGGAUGAUUUGUUUAAGUAUGCAGGUGAAGAGCGGAGACCUCCGUACCGUUGGUUUGUAAUGGGGCCACCAAGGUCAGGGACUGGCAUUCACAUUGAUCCGCUUGGAACUAGUGCCUGGAAUGCACUUGUGGAGGGUCACAAGCGUUGGUGCCUUUUUCCUACACACACUCCUAAAGACAUCAUUAAAGUAAGUUCUUUAGAAGAUGGCAAGCAGACUGAUGAAGCAAUAACAUGGUUUAACAUUAUAUAUCCCAGGACUCAACUACCCUCAUGGCCAGCAGAUUGCAAACCUAUUGAAAUAUUGCAAGGACCAGGAGAAACUGUAUUUGUUCCUGGUGGCUGGUGGCAUGUAGUUCUAAAUCUGGAUACUACUAUUGCUGUGACACAGAAUUUCUGUUCACGCACAAACUUUCCCAUUGUGUGGCAUAAAACAGUUAGAGGAAGGCCUAAGCUUUCAAAAAAGUGGUAUAGAGUUCUCCAGGGUAAAGAACCUGAACUUGCUGCUAUUGCUGCUACAAUUGAUGUUAAUGAAGAUACUGGUGUGGCUUCUGAUUCUUCAAGCUGCUCUACGUCCAGCUCAAGUGAUUCUAGUGAUUCGUCUUGUUCUUCAGACUCAGACAGUGGUCAAGGGUCACUCUCUGCUCACAAAAAGAAGAAAAGGAGAAAAAUGAUGUCUGGACCUUCAUCCCCUAAGCUUGAGUCUUAAGACCUAUUUGGAAGCUUGAAACUUAUCCUGAGGUACGUGACCAAGAAAGUUUUGCCCUUCCGCCAAAGCUGAGAGUUACCAGGUUACCAGUGCUAGUGCCCAGACUGACUUCAGUUAAAAUGUGUUCAUUAAUUAUCAGCAGCCAAUCAUCUCAUUUUCUCCACUCCUGAGUGUUCUCAGCUAACCUCCAACUGUCCUGUAAAAGGUUUUGAGAAUUUCUGUUCUAAUUUGAUAUGUAUUUUUCUAAGCCUUCUCAAAACCUUUGCCUGAAAGUGAUACCUUAACAAAAAGAAACUCAGACUUAUUUUAUGAAAUGUCAUCAUACAAAAAUUUUAAUGGCUAAAUUUGCAUCAUAUGUGUAUCCAGCAGAGUUUCUUAAUUUUAUUUAUUCAAGCCUUAUACGUAUUUGAAAUAUUACUUACUGUUUUUAAUGCAGUUGCCAUCUGUACUUUGACAUAUACAAGAAUAAAAUGACUGAAGACUGAGAAGAAAUACAGCGUCUGAAAACUUUGAAGUAUCAUCACACCUGAUGUGAUAAAAUUUUUAUGAUUAACUUUUAUCUUCUGUCUGUUCAGAACAGAAGUUAUGAUUAUAGUGGAACAUAUGUAGGUAUGUGGUAGAUGAAAAGUAAGCCACUUACAGGCUAUGCCCUGGCUCUAGACUGAUAUUUGUGCUUUUUGAACUGACAUGCUUCAAGACUUCUUGUUUGUCAGUUAAAUAAGCACAAAUGAUGACAGAGCUUAAUGAUUUUACCAUAUGAUUUUACCUUAAAUAUUCAUUAUUGACUACCUAUUUCAGUUAUUUUAACAGCCACUUGCAAACUUUUGAAGGAAGAGUCUCAGUAAUGUGGCUUUUGGGUAUGUGAUAAUGUUGUGGCUGGGCUUUUGUUUCACUAGAUAUUGUACAGAAUCACUCAUCUAGUUCCUAUGAUUUAUGUGUUUCUAUAUUUAAGAGGGGCUCCUACAGAUUCACCAUCAUGUUCAUUAUUAUGUCAUGUUGUAUUUAAAAAUAUCUGUAACUAUUAAUUUUAAGUUUUGGCUUGUUCAUCCAAAAUGUAGUUUAGUUCUAGAAACUGUACAGCUAUGAAAAUACUUCAUUAGUGAGUAGUAAAUUGCUUUCCCUCAGCAGAGGCUUAUGAGGCAUAUCGUUUGGAGCAAAAGUUGACCUGUGAUAUAGUCAAUUGUACACGUGUCAAAGAGAGAAUUGUAAAACUGUAUGAAACAUCACUGGAAGGUGGUAUAUUUGACAGUAGUGUAGUCUUCCUGAUGAGAGGAGGGGGCAGUUCCCUGUGUCCUCAGCACAUUGAACAGCCUCUAUCUUUUGGUCGGAUGCACUAUGUAGGUGAGAGAUGGAUUUCUCUAAUGUUUUUAUUUGUCUUCUCAAGAAGGCACAUACUCAAUGGCUUGGUGCUGAAUUCUUGUCAAUCGUUUAUUCAUGUAAGAAAAGAUACAGUAUUUAUCAAUGUCUUGGUAGCAAUUACCGUAAUUCAUUUUACAGUUGUUUUCUGAUCUACCUGCAUACACACUUAUCCAUGGUGACAAUUGUUAAAUGAUUGAAAAAGAAAGUGCAUCUAUCUAAAGAAUUUUUUUAUGAAUGAGAUGGAAGGUGCCUUUUAAAUUAUCAUUUAUCUGUCCAAUUUCAUUAGACUACUACCUUCAUGCAGUCUCACACUAUUUUGCUGUUAACUUCAUUCAUAUAUUACUAUUGCUGCGGAGCACAUUAUGUGAAUUUUUCCAUCUGUAUUAAUUGUCAAUAAAUUCUCUGAAUACCUUUAAA